AGACAAAAAAUUAAUAAAAAUAAGUGAAAUUAGUGCUUAAAUACGGUUUGUUUAUAAAUAUAAUUGUGGUUAAGUAGUUACCAGUGCGGUUUUUAAUAAAUACAAUACUAGCCAUGUCCUAAAUGUAGUUUAUAAUGAUAAAAUAAGAAAAUGUUAUUGUGUGCGAAGUUUCAUGAUGGCGGUCCGUCGCGUCCCCCGCGCCUCCAUUUCAUUGACAGUCCAAUUAUGACAAUACGAAUAAGUUUUGAUAAAAACUGUUUCUAAGUUUCAUAAAGUUAUCAUAAGUGUGUACAUUAUAAACUAGAACGGACUAAAUAUGAAUGCGGAUCAUCAUAAUAUUAACACGGGUGGUGGCCAACCGCCUGGCAAUUCGGAGGCUCAGAGUCAGAGAGUUCCAUCGUCCCAGCAGCAGCAGUCAAGUAGUCUCCCUCCCACCACAUCUGCUACUGAUUUACGAGUAAACUCCGCGGCAGUCAAUGUUGCUUUGUCGAGCGUCGCUAAAUACUGGGUGUUCACAAAUUUGUUUCCUGGACCCAUACCACAAGUGUCUGUAUACGGCCUGCCUACAAGCGCCAGACUGGAGAAUGGAAAACCUGUCCAGGAUCUCGGUCAAGCUCAUCAAAGUAUACUGAAUGGUGAUCCGAAUAUAAUUCUGGGUCACCAUGGUGGGCAGCAGCCCAUAGCUGUCUCUGCAUCUGGUCAACAAAUACCUGUAUCACAAAUAAUUGCAUCACAGGCAGGACAAGAUGCCCUGGCUCACUCGCAGUCAGAACUCGGGUCUCAGCAGUCAUCCUCGUCCAGCGCACAGGUCACAGCCGGGGGCUCCCAAACCUCGCACCAGGUACCCAAUAACCGGGUGGAGUUUGUACAACACCAUAACAUUGAUAUGGGACAUCAUUCUCAGCUUCUUCAACAACAGCUGAUGGCUGCUUCUCGACAAGAGCACGCAAAUCAGCAGAUCCAACUCACAGUGAGCGAGGAUGGUAUUGUGACGGUCGUUGAGCCUGGCGGCAGCAACAAGUUGGUCGACAAGGAUGAGCUACACGAGACCAUCAAGAUGCCGACAGACCACGCGCUCACUGUGCACCAGCUGCAGCAGAUUGUGGGGCAUCACCAGGUUAUCGACAGUGUAGUACGUAUAGGCCAAGGUACUGGUGACCCAGCAAAUGUACUUGUGACACAGAAUCCCGAUGGCACCACCUCCAUCGAGACGAGCUCCAGCGAACUUAGUCUGGCCCAGGUGAAAGACGAGAAGACAACCAUCGCGAUACCGGCAGACAUCAAGGAUAUCAAGGGAAUUGACUUGAAGAAUGUUGGUGCAAUGGGUAUGGAGGGUACGGUUGUGAAAAUAUCUACGGGCUCAGAUCAAGAUCUACACACCAUGUAUAAAGUAAAUGUGGAGGAUCUAUCACAGCUGUUGGCUUACCACGAGGUGUUUGGGAAACUCAACACGGAGGCCGCACCACAGGCAAAGGUUAUAGCCGAAGUAGAGGUGAUCCCAGGGACCAGCGGAGCGUUGGCAGAGUCCGAGACCUCCCCGGGCCAUCACGCCUGUGAUAUAUGCGGGAAAAUAUUCCAGUUCAGAUACCAGCUCAUAGUACAUAGGCGAUAUCACGGAGAAACCAAACCUUUUACAUGUCACGUCUGCGGCUCGACCUUCGCGAAUCCUGUUGAACUGUCAAGACACGGGAAAUGUCAUCUGGCCGCGGGAGAUCCAGCCGAGCGUCAGGCGAAGAGGUUGGCGCAGGACAAGCCGUACGCGUGCACCACUUGCCACAAGACCUUCUCGCGGAAGGAGCAUCUCGACAACCACGUGCGGAGUCACACCGGGGAAACCCCUUAUAGAUGUCAGUUCUGCGCCAAGACGUUCACACGCAAGGAGCACAUGGUGAACCACGUCCGCAAACACACUGGCGAGACGCCGCAUCGCUGUGAGAUAUGCAAGAAGAGCUUCACGAGAAAGGAACACUUUAUGAACCACGUCAUGUGGCAUACCGGUGAAACGCCGCACCAUUGUCAAAUUUGUGGCAAGAAGUAUACUAGGAAGGAGCACUUAGUGAACCAUAUGAGGUCCCAUACGAACGACACUCCGUUCAGGUGUGAACUGUGCGGCAAGUCCUUCACCCGGAAGGAACAUUUCACCAACCACAUACUGUGGCAUACCGGUGAGACUCCGCACCGCUGCGACUUCUGUUCCAAGACGUUUACGCGAAAGGAGCAUCUACUGAACCACGUUCGACAGCAUACGGGCGAGUCGCCCCAUCGCUGCAACUACUGCGCCAAAAGUUUCACGCGACGGGAACACCUCGUCAACCAUGUGCGACAACACACGGGGGAAACGCCGUUCCAGUGCGGAUACUGUCCGAAGGCUUUCACCCGGAAAGAUCAUUUAGUGAACCACGUCCGACAGCACACUGGCGAAUCUCCCCACAAGUGUUCCUUCUGCACCAAGUCGUUCACUCGCAAAGAGCACCUGACCAAUCACGUGCGGCAGCACACGGGGGAAUCCCCGCACCGCUGCUCCUACUGCAGCAAGAGCUUCACGCGCAAGGAACACCUCAAUAACCACGUCAGACAGCACACCGGGGAGACUCCUCACAAGUGCACGUACUGCCCGCGCGGGUUCGCGCGCAAGGAGCACCUCACCAACCACAUUCGCCAGCACACCGGCGACGUGCCCUACUCGUGCUCCUACUGCAGCAAGAGCUUCACGAGGAAAGAGCACCUGGUCAAUCAUAUCCGACAACACACUGGCGAAACCCCGUUCAAGUGCACGUACUGCACAAAGUCGUUCUCGCGUAAGGAGCACCUGACGAACCACGUCCACCUCCACACCGGCGAGACGCCGCACAAGUGUCCGAUCUGUACGAAAACAUUCUCCAGGAAAGAGCACCUUACCAAUCACGUCAGAAUACAUACGGGCGAGUCGCCGCAUCGAUGUGAGUUCUGCAACAAGACUUUCACGAGAAAGGAGCAUCUAACGAACCAUAUGAAACAACACUCUGGUGAUUCGGUGCAUCCCUGCAAGAUAUGCUCCAAGCCGUUCUCGAGAAAGGAAUUGCUGGCUACGCAUAUGAGAUCGCACAGCUGCGGCGAGCGGCCGUUCAGCUGCGGGGAGUGCGGCAAGUCUUUCCCGCUGAAGGGCAACCUGCUUUUCCACGAGCGGUCGCACAACAAGGGCGGCGGCUCCAAGUUCCGCUGCGACGUGUGCUCCAAGGACUUCAUUUGUAAAGCCAAUCUUAUGGCGCACCGGCGCACGCACGUGGAGUCCGGUGAGGCGGCGGCCGAGGAUUGCGGCGACUGCGACAAGGAGGAGCCCGUUGAGAGGAAACACAAUAUACGAGAACCGUCUGAGGGUAGAUCAACGGAGAGUGUUGUUCAAAGCCAACAGAAUACGUCCACAGUCAUGCAACAGAUCACAAAUCAGCCACAAGUCCGAGCACCUCCGACCGGGUCCACCGUCGGUACGGGCAGCUUCGGCCACGCGACCGGCCAUCACUCCGGCGCCGCCAUCGCCCAUCACACAGUCACAGUCAACUACUAGCACACAUGCACCAGGGAGACUAAAGCGCUAGUCAGAUAGCAUUUCAUGAUGAUGAUGAUGCGCGAAACGGUAGUAGCUUAAAUAAGUUGGGUAUAAGGCCGAAGUCUCGAAACCAGGGGGUAGCGGGACGGGCGCGGCGCUUGACAAUGUGUAGAUUUAUAUUGAUAAGCAGUCUAGUACGCCGCGCGCCGCUCGGUCAGAUCGUUGCGCUGAAUGUGGUCAGGCAAAUGAAGCGUUUCUAUUGGUUCUUAAAAACACAUUCCUCGCAACGCAGCUUAGUUUAUCUCCGGUGAAAACGCAAUCGUCGGAGACUGAGACGGACGAACAUGCGCUAGAAAUCACAAGUGUAACGCGCUAGUCAGAAAGCAUUUCACAACCAUGGCGAUAGUGCGCGAAACGGUAAUGAGUUUGUCAUUAAAGAUUAGAGUCAUGUUUACUGCUGCUAAAAUAACAAGGUCAAGCGUAGGUCACCCUCAUAACUACAAAACGAUAAAGUUUGUGUGCUUUUGGUUUUUUUUUCAUAAGAAGCCAAAGGCAAAGUUUACUUGUGUUAUUCUUGUUCGUCUCAUUUUUUUAUUGCCCAUGUCAAAAUCAUGUCAUGUCAUGAUAGCGCAACUUGACAUGUAACUAAAUAAUAAAUAUAAACAACUUGUUUGUGGUGUUGCAUGAUGCAUCAUGCAUGUCAUUACAUGAUUUUGACAUGCGCAAUAAAGAUUAGCGUAAUAAAAAAAAUUACGAACACGACUAUAAUUACUGUUUCGCGCAUUUCUAUUUAUACCUCAUAAUAAAUUGGCAAAAAUAUCAUGAAAAUCAAAGGUGUUGUGAAGUAAUACAUGUGAUAGUUCCACUAGAUUUUUGGAAAAACAUUUUGAGCGUUUGUGCACUACAGUGUAGGCACAGGAUGGCUAAAUAUAAUAUUAUGUAAUAUAAAAAUUGUAUCAUAGUAUGGAUUUCCGCGAAGUGAAACAUCUGAUUUUGUUUUAAAAUGAUGAUUUUUAUAUUUUCUAAAUGGAUUAUGGAAUGCACUGAAGCAAAAAUUAUAAUCACAAUAACUUUUAGAUUUUACUCAACAUCAUAUUAUUAUGCAAUUUUGUAGAA